UGAUCUGUCGAGUGCCGAAUCUGUAUUUUUGGAUGGCUAUAAGGAAACGGACGGAAACUGGACUGUCCGUGCAAACCAACUUCUUCCUUGAAUUGUGUGUACGUGGUCUGUCAUCAGGAACGUCGAUUUGAAAUGGACAAGAUUUACAGUUUGCUGGAGAGGCACAGGCUGGAAUCCUACUACUUCUCCUUUGUGACCUUAGGGGUGAAAGAAGAACAAGAUUUUAUUGACAGUGUCACCGAUGAAGACUUGACCAGCCUUGGGCUGACUCAUGUGGAGAAGAAUCGUUUUAGAGAGAUGCAGAGGUUCAUUGGCAGACUCAGAGCUCCUGUACCAGAUACAUCUUCAUCUGUGCACAAGUCUAUGAAAGCUUUUUCCUUAAAGUACACUUACCCCUUGUGUCCAGAGAUAAAGAUCAUCACAGAUAUGGAUCCUGCUCAGAACACAGUGGAAGAUCUGAUGCUGAGGAUUGGGCAUGCAGAGAAUAUUGGUUCUUCUAAAGGAGUUUGCCUUUACACAGUGGAUGGAAUGCCUCUGACUGAUGAUCCCUACUUUAACACAUGGUCACUGCAGGACAGACAUAUCAAGGAUGGAGAUCUCAUCUAUGCCAUAUUUACUCCUAAAGAGAAUCUGCUGACAUCAACAAAUAGCACAAUAAACACUGUGCCACUGUCAGGAAAUGAUACUGUCCGCUGCCAUGUCAUGCUAAGGGGAGACUUUGACGUUAGCAUUGAUUGGGCAGUUGACACAGUUUCAGACAUUCAGAAUAAGCUAAGUGUAAUCAGUGGAAUUCCUAAAGAUGUUCUUCAUUACAGAUGUGACACUAGCUUUGAGGAUGCUCCGCAAAGACUUUGGAUGACGGAGGGGACAUCACUGAAUUUCUCUCUCUCCUCAUUCAUGCAUCUUUGUGCAAAUAAAGUCUUUACAGACAUUACACCUUCAGUUCAGCAGACCAAAAAAGGAACCAGUGUUUUCCUUGCAUCUCUCUAUAUUAUUGAAAGGAAAUCCCCUGUGGUACGACAUAGUGACCUGAUUGGCUUUAUACGAAAAGUGACUGGAUGCAAUCCUCUAGCCCAAAGUCUGCAUCAGCUUCUGCAGAAGAGUCAAAUUUUAUCUAAGACUCAAAGGAUUGCAGUGAUUGAAGGCUUGUACACACUGUUUCGGGAGAUACUGCCAAAACCUGGAUCUGCUGAUGGAGACAAGAUCAUAGAGGACCAAAAAGUCUUUGAGCAUUCACUGUUCUGCUGGUCAUAUAUUAUGUCAGAAGCCAAGAAAGGGAGCCCCUAUCAUGAUAAUUAUGCACCAGUUUCACUAUUUUCUGAAAAUGGCAACCGUUUCUGUGAACCAGUCACUGUACCUGGGCUACCAGGCCCCAUGGAGCGGGCAGAUGUGCUGCAAAAAAUCAGAAACGGUGAAACUAUUCCACUCUGCACGGAGAAGGAGUUGAGUCCCACAUCACUCAAAAGAUGCACAGAUAUUGAGAAAAUCUUGCUCAGUGUUCAUCCUUUAAUCAGAACAUAUUACGUAUGGAUUUCGUACAACGAUGUGCCUGGACAGAACUUUCAGUUGGAAACAAAGAAGACUCUUGAAGUUAUGACUGAGGAAAUGAAGGCUUUCCCAUUGCUCAUUGUGACUCCUCCUCUGUUGCUGAAGAACCUGGGACAUCAAGAUAUAUGCUUGGUUUACCUUACUGAAGAUAACCUUGGUGUUUACUUUCAUAAAGACAAGGGGAGCCCCAAAAAAAUACAUGUGUAUGACUGUCUGUCUGGAGAAACCGAAACUGUUGAUGUAGAUGUUUUGGCUGCGCGGACUGGAGAUGACAGAAACAGCCAAUCUGUAGCCACAACCAGAACUCCAAAAGAAGCUGUCCUGGUGCUUGUAGAUACAAGCUCAUCUAUGAAUGAGAAGUGCUAUGGAAGUGUGGAUAUCCAGAAGAUCCAUGCUGUCAAAGAACUCUUCAACAGCUUUGCUAAUCGGACCAUGGCAUAUGAUUUCCAUCACAUCAUUGGCCUUGUGAAGUUUGAUUCUACAGUGAAAACUCUUCAGACCUUCACAGAGACACUUGAAACAUUCAAGGAUAGUGUGCAAAGUCUUGAGCCAAAUGGAUGCACAACGCUUUAUGAUGCUCUUGAGCUUGGAAGACGCAGGUUUAAAAAAGUCAAGACAGAAUUUCCAGACUGUGUACUGCGCAUUCUGUGCCUCACUGAUGGGAAUGAUGAUGGUUCCACCAUUGAACCAGAUGUUGUUGCUGUCAAUCUGAUCCAAUCUGACAUCAUUGUGGAUUCAGUUCUUCUUGGAACAGUAGAGAACAAUAUGCUCCAUGGCAUUAGCAUUGCCUCUGGUGGCUGCUGUUUCAAACCUGAGACAAGCAAAGACGGUCUCAAACUGUUUGAGGCAGAAACGGUUUUGUCUUUAGGAAUGCGAAAACCCAAAAACAAAGCUGACACCUCUUCUGUUACUAAGAAUUUUUUAACUGGAUUAUUUGCACUUCAUGGAUAUGAUGACCUUCCAGAAGCUGUCUUGCCCACUGAGAUGUCCGAUAAAGUGACUGUAACGGAAGAUGCUUUGAAAAUAAAAAUCCGUGAGGCCAAAGAUGGACGUUUCAUGGAGAGGGACAGAAGAAUCUUGGAGGAGCUGAAGAACCUGCAUUGUCAUCCACAUCCUUUCUUUCAAAUCUUCCCAUCAGAAACUGACUUUACAUUUUGGAAACUUCUUAUGGAAGGCCCUCCGGAUACACCUUAUGACACUGGGGUGUUUGAGCUCUUCUGUCAAUUUGGUCCUGACUACCCAGUGAAACCACCAACAGUCCGCUUCAUCACUUCUAUAUAUCACUGCAAUAUCAACAAUGUGGGUCGCAUUUGCCACAACAUAUUUGACCGUGGAUACAACGCACACGUCACGAUGAGAGAGAUCCUUAAUGCUGUUUAUGGACUGUUGAUUGCUCCAGAACCUCAAGAUCCACUGGACAGCAUUCUGGCUGAGGAGUACCUGACAAAUCCCCAGAAGUAUGCAGAAGAGGCAAAAAAUCACACAGAAAAGAGUGCUGGGCAAUCACUGGAUGAAAUGGAAAAGGUUCACUGCAAAAAGUUAUUUAGUGCUAGAAAACUGGUUAAAAAUGUGAAGUUGUUACCAGAAAAACUUAUCUGUCCACUCACCAAGAAAAUCUAUGUUGAUCCAGUGAUAACGAAAUAUAACAAUGUUUAUGAACGGAAAGCAAUAGAAAAACAUCUCAAAACAUCAAAAUAUGAUCCAUUUGCCAAGCCUCAACAACUGCUAAGAAGGACUGACUGGAAACCCUGUCCUCACAUGAAAGCCAUGGUUACGGAGUAUCGCAGCAGUCAAAUUUUGGAAACUACCUUGUAGGGGAAAAAAAUAGUGCACAUUCCUACAUUUCUUCCUUUGUAGAAUGUUCAUUUAAUAGUUUGGCUCUUUUCAAAGUUUAGCCCUGCCUUGCUUAUCUUGUGUUUCACUCUCUAGUGUCAACACGUCAUUACAUUUUAGUUUUACUUGGUAUUGGCACCAUUCGUGCACAUUUAUUAUAAAAGUUUAUAAUUUGAAGCUUUUGUAGAAAUGGACUCUAAAAAGGAAGUUUUAGUUACUUGGUAAAGUCUUGUACAGUUGGUGAUCAUUGCUUCUUGAAAUGUCCAAAAAAAAAAAAAGCCUUUUUUUCUCUUAUGCAUAUUCAAGCAAUUUCUUGUAGUGUUGAGCAAGUUACUCUAAAAUUGUAAUACAUUAUGUUUUAUGUAUUAUAUAUUACUGGAUGCAGUGCUAAAAAUGUCAAAUUUAUGUUAGUAUUACAAUAAUGUCUAGAAAAUGUUACUGUUACUUUUUAGUUACUUUUGUUGUGUGAUAUUUCCCAACUUUAUGUAAUCACUGAAUCACUUAACAUCUCUCUACCUGUUGAACUUCUACUACUCUAAACUAACUUUCGCUUACAACACAAUAAUAAAAUUUAUUUGUUCAUUCAUUCA